GUGUGCUAUUUCUUAUUUUUAUAGUUCCCUGAAAAUUCUGUAGUGCCCAUUUGGUGCAAAAGUGUAGUGAAAUCAUUUUCCGGAGACUGUUCCGUUCGAUAAUUGUUCGAACACGUUACGAUACGCCUGAAAAAUCCUGUGUUUUGCUUCGUUUGGGUGUAGGCAAAAUUUUAUGCUCUGCAAAUCCCAUCUGGGAGUGAGGUGCCAGCUCUAGACGGGAUUCGUGCGAAAAGAAAAAUAGUAAGACGAAAGACGAUACGGAUGUGCUAAAGCAGGGAGGUCUGGCUGCUCCUAAUGGCACGAAGAAAAUAGAACAGAUCGCUGCUUUUUGGAUUUGCCGUCUUUUGUUCUGGUGUUUCGGUUUAUUUUCACGGGUGUUGUUGCUCGUUCGAUUGCCUUACGUUCGUUUGUUUACUUUUACUGUAAAUAGAAGAAAUUUAUGGUUGAAAAUUUUCCUGAAAGGACAAGAAAGAAGAGAAAUUGAUAUAGUGAUUGCGUGGAAGAAAAUUUCGAUUUAACACUUGGCAGUAGUGGAUCAAGUAGUGGAAGAACGGCGAGCGUUUGGAGAAAAAGAACGUAGUUCUCCACAAUGGAGGAGUCACUGCUCAAGGAUCUGGAGACGGCUGCCCACAUUAUAAUGGCACCGCCUACCGUGGUCAGCAAAGAGCAGCGUCAGCAGUCUGAAACUAUUUUUAUGAAUUUCCGCAAAACAAAAUCCCCGUACGUGCUGUGUCAGACAAUUCUGGAGAAGUCCGUCGUGGAUCUGGUGUUGUUCGAAGCGGCCGACGUUCUUAAAAAAGCCGUCGUCGCGGAAUGGAAGUACAUUCCAGAACAGGACAAGACAACGCUGCGACAGUAUCUACUGAAUUACAUCAUCCAACGGGACAUUCCAGUAUUUAUCAGGGACAAGCUGCUGCAGGUCGUGGCAAUUAUGAUCAAGCGGGCCAGUUUGAGGGAUGCCGGAAUCGAGAGAGGUUUGAUUAUAGAGGAGACUAAAAAAAUGCUGACUUCGGGUGAUAUUAAACAACAAAUUCUGAGCUGCAGUAUUAUUCUCGCUAUUUUGGAAGAGUACUGUAACAUUGUUAGAUCGGACGAUACCGGUAUAACGACUUACGAACAUUUUCGAGCAAAGAAGCAGUUCGAAGAUUCCGACUUACUGAAGGUCUUUAUCAUGACAUUACAAUCGAUGGAGGAGCUCAUUAAAGUAUUCGACGCCAGUAAUUCAAUGCAAUCGUAUCUCUUCAAGCAAAUGCUCUCGGUAAUGGAAACUAUUCUGACGUGGGGUUUCCUUCUACCCAAGCUGCGAAUCGUUCGUGUGCUGCAGCCAUCGUUGACUAAAAAGAUAAUCGAUACUUCGGAGACGGUAACGAAAGCACUGCACGCUCCACCGUUGCGACUGCAGUGGAAGUGGAAGAAUGUAAUUUUUGAACCUAAACUGUUGGAGAUAUUUUUCUUCAUCUACUGGAAGGUACGUGAUAAUGAAGACUUGCAACCGAAAGCGCUGAUCUGCAUCCUGCAGCUGUCCACCCUGAAAGGCCCGAUAAUCAGUGAUAACAAGGAGGAAAGCAUGAACUAUUUGGGCAACUAUUUGACACAUUUCCUGUCGAUGUUGAACACCAUCGAAAUCAAAGAAAAAGAGGCCUACAGUUUUUCGUUGAUUCUACGCAAAUUGUUGCAGUUUCUGCCUCGAGCAGAAAUCAAGAACCUUCCAAAUUCUCUUUGUGAUGCGUACAUGCAGCAAACACUUACCAUGACUUUGAAAUUCAUCGAGUUGUCCGCAAUGGAAGAAGCCAUGUCACCUGACGAAACGGUAUACAUCGAUGCCCUGGGUAAUCUGCUGGAGAUUUGGUUGGUCGUGUUGAACGAUAAGGAAAACUACCCGUCGGAGGUGAUGGUACCGUUAAUCACGCAGAUGUUUGAAAAGUAUAUCCAGUACCAUUUAGCUGCUCCGGAUGGCCUGCGAGGUGUUGGUAAAGAUGCUGAUACAAUCGAUGAUAUCGCUGAGUUUGAAGAAUCCGAUUGGGACCGUUUUAAGGAGCAUUUGAUAAUUAUCGGUUAUUUCGGACGAGAGAUUUUAGCCCAUUCUUUGCCAUUGCUUUCCAAACUGUUGGAAGACAGAACGAGAAAUCUGGGCACGCAGUUACACAUGUUGCAUUCGACAAAAACAAUGAGUGAAUCGGGUUCCAAAACUAUGAUAAAUUUGUUCGAAGAUAUUCAUUGGAUUCUGUUGAUUACCGGACAUGUUCUGGCACUGGAAGCGGAUGGAGAGUCAGCAAUGAUACCGGGUGAAAUUCUUCAGCUUUGCACGCAAAACAUUUCCAACGGAGUGACGGACAUCACGAACAGUUUAAAGCUGUUGGCUUCACCGAGCCAAGAUAUACAGGAGAUUCCGAAUGCGGAACUCAAUGCAGACCCUGUGAUUCGACUAUUUGCGGCGGGUUUCCGGUUGUGUGAGCUUGAGAAAAGUGCCAUUGAGGUUCGCAUGUAUCAGUUCCUCAGUCCAGAGAUGAGCAGCACUAUCGUUUGGUUCCUGCGGCGCUGGGCCGAUGCGUAUUUGAUGCCGGUUAAUGAGGAAUAUGUUAGUGCGGUUUUCCGAGAAGCGUUCGGAGCGGGCACAGCUGGUUCCGGGUGGGUCAUCAACUAUUUGCUGAAUAAAAUUUGCUUGAACUCGCAGUUUCUUCGGGCGGAACCGAAGGUUAUAGAGGAAACCUGCUCCCUUUUCCUGGUACUGCUGAAGCGAAAGGAUCGAUGUUCGGCAGUUUUCAACUCGGAGUAUUUCCGAUCGAUCUGUGAUUUGAAAAGUGCGUAUUUGCCAUCAUCUAUCAAACGAAAGCUGUUGAAAGGGUUCGUAAUGGUUGCGUCCAGCGUUGAAAGUGAUGCAAUGCGGAGCGAGUAUCUGGGAAAGAUACUGCUACCAAUAGAAGAAAAGUACAAAAUGUUGAUCUCACAUCAAAAUUUCCAGUCCAUAUAUCAGGAUGAGAGUGUUAAGCUGAAGAUUAUAGAGAUGCUGGAAGAGCUGAUCGGUUGUGUGCAAGGCGCUUAUCAAAACUCGUUGACUAUCAUUUUCACCAAGAUUCAGAGCAUCUGCAAAGAGCUGCCCACGUUUUUGGACAUCUAUCGUAACUAUCCGUUGAUCGUAGAGCUUAUUCUGGAGUUGGUAUGUGAAAUCAUAUCCACCAUCGGGAACGUAACGUCGGAGCAGGCAAUCCGAACAGCGGUGCAUGAGUGUUGCUUCUCGGUGAUUCGGGUUUACGUUAAAAACAAUUCGAACCGGGUUUCGCUCGGGGCGGCAAAUGCCGACAGUGACCCCGUGGAUCUGAUACUGAUUUUGAAAAUGAUCAAUCACCUAACGUCGAAGCCGCUGUUGAUGGACGAUCUGCUGUUUUCCGGCUCGUCGGACGACAGCAACGCACAAUCAUCGGAGAUUUGUAUUUUUGGCCUAACGCAUAUCGUGCCGCUCAUCACAAUCGAUUUGAUCAAGUAUCCGGACCUGUGUCAGCAGUACUACAGCACAAUUCGGUCUUUUAUGGAGGAAAAAUCACACCUUAUGCCCACCCUCCAUCCAGAUUUGCUAAAACAGUUGCUCAGCUCGAUCGAGCUGGGUCUCGGUUCAUUCACAGCCGAAGUCGAAGGCCUAUGCUUGGAGUUCCUGGAGAUCUACGCUAGCAAUGUGUACUUCAAUCAGGACAAAGAAGCACCGAUGGCGCUGCUAUUGCGGCCUUUCCUGAAGCUGAUGCUGGAGAUGAUUUUCGGACAGAAGAUUGACUUGAACAACACCACGGACUGGUAUCGAACGGUGUUUGUGGUGGUUUGCUGCUUCCCGGAGCAUUUCAAAGAGCUGCUCAACCAAUUCCUAAGCGAACAGUUCGACUCGGAACAGAUAAUGGGCGAAGAUCUGGUGCGGUCAAGCGUUGCACUGGUGAACGAAAUAGAGUUCGUGAACAACCGACUCGCCCGGUCCGAGUUUGUCGAACGGUUUGACAAGUUUGUUACGAAUUUCAGUACGAUGUACAAGAAGUAAGCAUGACUACCGGCAGUGAUUUGUUUCUUGGUCUUAGCGCUGGUUACAAACAGUUCGGUAAGUUUCAUUUUUUUUCUCGUUGAUUUUUCUUGCGUUGAUUUUAUUGUUUUGUACGACGGCACACGUUCGAGUGAAUCACUCGAAAGAGAAGUGUAUUUUGAAACUGGUUUUCAAACAACCAAAAAAAAAAAAAUGAAACGUAUUGGUUAUCUACAUAAUUUUAAUUCUGACCAUUGUUUGGUAAAAACUUACCUUGGAAAUAAAAUUUGAGCAUCAUUAUAAAUUACUGCGUAUUAUACAUGCAAAUGACGAUCGCCUAAGUAUAAGCGUCCGGGUUCAUAUCACAAUCGCUGCGAUUCUUGGUCGAGCUUUCUCCGAUCAGAAUUCCUAUUCUGGAUUUCGGUUUAGUACGAGGCAAAACAUGGGGGCUUUUGAUUUGUGUUUUCACUUCUGUUCUAUGGUUUCAGUUUUGAAAGCUGUUUUUUUUUCAAACUUUGGUCUUAUUUUCUCAUGAUUUUUCCAUAAUUAAAUCCAGAUUAGUGUAUGGACCCACGUAAAAUUGAUGGUAACUAAGCUUGUCAACACCAAAUGAGAUCAAAAUGCAAUCAAUUUAUAACAAAGCAAAGAACAAAACAGCGAACGAAAAUGUGCUAUGAAAUUUGCUUUAUUUCUUUUCACUUUUUCAAUUUCCGAUCAUGCUGUGUUUACAUUACAUUACAUACCACACUGUCGAUAGAGAUUCCGACUCGUUGCAGCAGUAGGAAAUGCGUGAUAAGGGUACUGUAUUUACAGUAAGCUAGACUAAUAUACGUAGAUAGAGAGUGACAGGUUAAUAUCGGGUAAUACAUUAACAAGAAGUCCAGUUAACAUUUGUUCAUUUGUUCCUGUGUGGUUUAUAUUGAUCGACUAAAACCAGAAAAAGAAUGAAUCUUUGAACAUGAAUCUUAAACUGUAUUUGGAAAAAUAGGGACAAAAAUAGCCUUGCGCUAUGGAUUUCUAAGAUAAUUGACUGGUUGCGUUAAAUCAUGUCGAUCGUUGGCUGAUGAACCCAGUAAAUGUUUAAACUUAUUUAUUUCACGCCCUUUUUCAUCUUCCAUACAAUCUUCCCGCAAAUCAAACGUAGAAAUUAAUGAUAAUUUUUAAUUCAAGGCCUUUAGCAAUUUGAUAGUAAACUCAUCUAAUUAUCAACACAUUACAAACAUCAUGUAGACCGCCUGUAGAAAGCAAUUUUAAUCAUACUCUGAUUGUCUGAUUCACGUUUAGCUUCUACGGAAUCUCCGCUCAGACACGAGCAGCAGUCUGUGCCGUGAAUUACUUUUCUAAUUAGCAAAAAAAAUAUAUUCAUACAAUGACAUCAAUCACCAGAACGUACAUUCUCAACCUGAGUGAAAUUCAUACGGAUGGAAUAGAAAACAAUGUUUUGAGGUCGACUUUUAUAUGCACUUUUUGCAGCAUUUUUUAUUAUAGCUAACUAGUAUAUUAUUCAUAUUUAUAUACAACGGUAGAAAAUUGAUACUUUUUCGUCGGAUGUGUACUUUAAAAACGAACUGUAUAGAAUGUCGGUUAGUGUUAACGCUGCAUCUUCGCAAAUAGCUAUGUGGUAUAAUACUUUUCGAUUAAACGAAUUAGAGUUUACUUUUCUGCUCGUUUCGCUGUUAAAGAUAUGAAAUCGAAUUAUGUGUAAAGUAAUUGUCUACUUUCGAGCACGGUAGUUUUUAGAUAAUACUAUAAACUGUACAUUACACUGUGAAAGUAUAGCAAUCACACGUCGAAUCAAUUUUGUUUUCGUAAACCUAUCGUUUUGUUUAUUGAUUGAAAAAAAAUCGACUUUUUACUCUUCUGCUAUCCUUGUAAAUAAUCCACUACAUUCAGAUCAUAACUUACGCGUUACUUUAUUCUAGAUAUUUAUCUACAAGCUAAAUACCGUUACGUUUUUGUUGAAUCGAUUCGAUUGAAAUGGAAUGUUCAGAUAUACCCCUAUAAACACGAAGUUGAAAGAUUGUAUUAAAGAAAAACACAUAACACAGCCUCAAAUUUUGGAACUCAAUAUGAAAACCCCCACUUAGACGGUUAAAAUAACACACUUUCAACUCUUUUUACGAUAUGUACGUUUGUGAAUGGAAGCAAUUUGGCCUCGCCAAAGCUGAUCGACGGUCCUACAUAUUAUUAUGCGAGAGAAUCGGCUUACGUUUUCAGAAUCAGUGCUCAUUCAAAAUACCUUAAUCAAAAGAUAGUAAUCAAUGAUAACACACAAUGCUACAGUUAUAACUAAAAAGAAAUCAUUGAUAUUAACCUGUAAGCGGAAGCAUUUUAUUGUUGCAAUACAACAAGCAGGAAACGACGUUGCAGCUAACAAGCAGAUGUAGCACGAGCUAAACAUAUAAACAAGAGCGAAUCGCUCGCUCAGCCUCUCUGUACUACAUACUACUACUGUAUCCGAGCGAACGCGCAAUCGAUAAUCGAUAUCUACUUUUUAAAAGUACAAAAUAAUUAUUAAACACACAACAACAGAAACAGCUGUAAUAGCAAAAAACUGAUCAGAGAAAAAGGCAGUGUGUCAGAUAUUAGCUAAGCGAUUUUAAAUUCUUUCCGAUAAGUGAUACUAUAGUGGAUAGUAAGAAAUAAACUAUAAUGAUGACACCAGGGUUUCGGCCCGGGCUCAU